AUGUCGUCAUCAUCAUCAGAUAGCAACAGUCUGCUACGCAGGCUAGCCGGUCCUUCCGCUGGCAAGGCUGGUCUAGAUUCCAACCAAGAGCGCAUCAACCACAUUAUCCACGAUGCCAGCAAAGGCGGACGCUUCUUCAACAAUGAGGUAAAGCGUGACGAGCACACAACGGCGAAAGUAGCCGCUAUCCAAAAUAUUCUCAAACAGCGCUUGGAGAAUGCAAAUCAGUCGUCAAUAUUGCACUCCGUACAUAGCACACUAAAGAAUAUGGACGCUGAGCGCGACUUGAGCCAAUUUAUAAUGCAUUGUGACAUGGAUAUGUUUUACGCUGCCGUGGAAGUGCUCGACAACCCAGAUCUCCAUGGAAAGCCAUUUGGCGUCGGUAAAGGCAUCCUCACGACUGCGUCUUACGAAGCGCGAAAGUAUGGCAUUCGCUCAGCCAUGCCGUGCUUCAUAGCGCGGAAGUUGUGCGAUCAUUUCAUUGAAGUCCCCAUGCGGAUGGAAAGAUAUGUCGAUAAGUCCAGGCAGGUGAUGGAUAUCUUCGCGCGAUUCGACGAGAAUAUGGCAGCAGCAUCGCUUGAUGAAGCGUAUCUCAACGUGACUGCGUACAUGAAUGAACAUGCCCUCACGCCACAAGAGGUCUCGCAGCGUCUACGCAGCGCGGUGCAUGCAGAGACAGGUCUCACUGUGUCGACGGGCGUCGCACCUAACAAAACAUUAGCCAAGAUCUGUUCAGAUAAAAACAAACCAAAUGGUGAAUAUACUAUGCAGUUCUCCCUGGAUGCCGUACGCGCUUUCAUGAAAGAUCUCCCGAUACGCAAGGUGCCUGGCAUCGGUCGCAUCAACGAGCGUCUGCUACAAUCCCUCGGUAUUAAUGCAUGCGGCGAUAUAGCAGAACAUCUGGUGGAGAUACACCUCCUGCGCAAAGAGCUGCAGUCGGAGGGUCUCCUACGCGCCUAUCUCGGUAUAUUCAGCAACGUUGUCGCUCCAGCGAAGCAGGAAGACAGGAAGAGUGUCGGCACAGAGAAAACAUUCCAGCCUCUCUCAGACAGCAUUGCUCUUCUGGAGAAAUUGCACAUGCUCUGCCAUGAACUCGAAGCCGAUCUUAGAAGAACCCAGUUCAAAGGACGUACUGUUACGCUCAAGUAUAAGAAACACACGUUUGAGAACUUCACACGGGCCAUGUCGGUGGAGCGCUUCGUGUGCACCUCUGAGGAUAUAUGGCCAGUCGCGAGAGGGCUCUUAGAGAGAGAGCUACCAUUGACACUGCGGCUACUGGGAGUGCGUCUUACUAACCUACAGUUUGUCGGCAGCGCUAGGGGUGAAAUCACUCAGUUCUUGACCAAACAGCAGCAGGAAAGUAGUAAAAACCAUACCCCCAAUGACACUGAUAGUGAUGUUGAAAUCAUCGAAAAGCCAGUUCUCGGAAAAGAAAAGGAGAUUGAAGCAGCAAGCGGUGCAUCUAAAGACAAGCAUACAUCUGAUACCCUCAAGACACAACAAAAACCUUUCUUCAACGAUCUCGAUGAGAGUGGAAAUACAACAGCAAGUGAUGCAUCUAAAGACAAGCAUACAUCUGAUACCCUCAAGACACAACAGAAACCUUUCUUCGAUGAUCUCGACGAGAGUGAUAGCGAUGUAGAUGUAUUUAUACCAAAGCCAAAGCGCAAAGAAACGGAGAAAGAGUGUGCAGGUACAUCGAAUGCUCCAGAUGCACCCGAUAUUCUCAAAUGUCCCGUUUGCGCCAAGAAAUUUAACAUCACUGGCGAUCCGAAUAUGUCGAACGAUACUAUUAACAAGCACCUUGAUGACUGUCUGACGCAGCAAGAGAUCGCAUUAAUUGGUAGUAACCACACAUCUCCAACCAAGAAUUCAUACAAGAAAAUCAAACGAGAUCCCUUCGACAUCUAUAAGAAGGCUUGA